GGUUUGGUGUCCUCUUCCCCCUCAGACAUGAUCCUCUGCUGUCAUCUGUGAUUCAACAGGACCGAGGGAGCACAGCUGAGUCCGGGUCCUGAACGACUACACCCCAGUAUCUGCCAUGGAUCAGGCCGUCCUCCUAGACCUGGUCCACGGUCCGUGUCUGGCAUGCAUCGACACGUCGGUGCUAGACCAGUCCGCAGCAGACACCCAGGUGUUCCUGCUGUCCGGGACCCGGGACCUGGAGGACUACAAUAACAGACUAUCGGACAAGUUUCCGGAGUCCUGCAGGAGGAUCCGGGUCCUGGACUCGGACUCCACCGCGGGCUGUUUGUUCCGCUUCAAGCAGACCCUGGACCAGCUGCAGAUCAGCACCAUCAGGGUCUUCACAUCCGCACAGGGUCUGCAGGUCCUCAGGUUGUACCAGGAGCAGCUGUUUACAGCCGUGUAUACCUUUGACUAUGACGUCAUGGAAGCGGGUAAACUUACCUGUCGGAGCUGCAGAGGCUCCGCCCACUCCGACUCACCUGCACAGGCUGUUCAAGAAGAGCUAUCAGGGUUUCUGCAGCAGCUACCUGGACUUCUGGGGGACAUAACAGUUCUGAAGUCCACACUGAUCCCAGAGUGUUUUGGCCACGGCUUCAGCUCUCGUCCAGGCGGUGUGUCCUACAUCCCCACCCUGUCCUCCUUGAAUCUAUUCAGCAGCAGUAAGAGGAGGGACCCCAGGGCCAUGGUCAUGGAGAACAGACGCCGCCUGGCUCUGCACGCUGGAUUCCACCCUCGCCCACUGCAUUUCCCUAAGGUCGACCAUGCCAAUGACAUCUGGGUCAUGGGGAAACCGGAACCAGACGACUAUGAUGGAAUUGUAACCAAUCAGACCGGGGUUGUGUUAGCAGCUCCAGGAGCGGACUGCAUGCCAAUCCUGUUUGCUGAUCCAGUGUCAAAGGUCAUUGGAGCUACUCAUGCAGGUUGGAGGGGAACCCUGAUGGGAGCUGCCAUGGCUACAGUAGAUGCCAUGGUGAUGGAAUUUGGUUGUCAGGUGAGCGACAUUGUGGUGGCUGUCGGACCGUCAGUGGGAGCAUGCUGCUUUACACUGGAUAGAGACCACGCGUUGGAAUUCCAUCAGAUUCAUCCAGACUGCGUCCGUGAUCCUGAGCUUCCACGUCCGCACGUGGACAUCCGCCUUGCCAACAGAAUGCUCCUGCAGAAAGGUGGGAUCCUGUCUGAACACAUUCAUGACCACAUGGUGACGGACAGACCCUGCGUGACACCCUGCACUUCAUGUCACCCUGAAUCCUUCUUCUCUCAUGUCCGAGACGGUGUGAACUUUGGCACCCAGGUGGGCUUCCUGUGGAUCAAGGAGGAGGAAGAAGAGGCAGGAAAGUCUGCAUCCAAAUGAGAGAAAUGGACACGUUGGACCUGCUGGUGUUUAAUAUUCCAAAGGCAUAGAGACGGUGGCUCAGACUUUAACACAAAGCCAUAUUUUUAUGGAUGAUUUUAUUAGUGUGAAAAUAUUGAACAGAACAUGUCAUGAAGAAUAAUGACUGUGUUUGUUGAACUAUUUGCACCUUUGGCUCUGUUUAAAAGCAUAUUAAUUUUAAUGUCAUAAAAUUUAAUCACCUGUUGUUAGGUUCCAGUCGAGUAGAUUUUAUUGAACAGGGUCACUUCCAGUCAGCAGCUGUUUAUAAUGGAAUGUAAAGUUUAGGUGCAGCCAAGUGUCCAAAUGAUAGCUGAUGUGUUUCUGUCACAAAACUGAAAAGCUGGCAACAGGAUUAGCAUCAGUUCAAUACAGAUGCUUUGUUUUGUAGAAAAUACAUUUUCUGUGCCUUAUAAGCAUGUGUCAGUGGCUGUAAAUUAACAUUUAAAAAUAAAAAUUCCAUAAACUUUACUGUAAAAAGAAAGAAAAAACACAGAUGUCUCUGGGAUCCAGACAGCAUUUAUUUUAAUAGACAAAUUUUCUGAGUUGUCAUGAUUAGUCUUAAAAGCAGCCCUUUUUCUAAAAAACAUAAUAAAAUAACAAUAAAAAGAAAAAAAAUAAAACAAAAAGAUGAAUUCCGUUCUACAGAGUGAUUCCUUUACGAUCCAGCUUCAUCAAUCUGCAACAUUAACAGUAAUGUUUCACAUCUCCACAAACGUUUACAUUCACCAAUCAGACUUCCUCACUCAGUGCAACGUCUGUCAUCGUAUUCAACAUUUACUAUAAAAUGAACAAGAAAAGAACUGAAACUCCUACAGCCUAUUAAUGUCAUAGUUCACUUAAUGUGUAGGUACAAUUCUCAUGAAAGCCGAUACAAAAAAAAACUCAUCCAGUUUCCUGGAUCAGUCGACAGCACACAAAUAACAAAUGACACAAAUCUCUACAGUGCAUACAUCAGAACAGUUCUGUAAUAAAUAACUCAGCUGUAAACUUCAAACCGAACCUUCAAUUUUCCCUCUGAAAAGAUGCAAAGUGGGCAGUAAGUCACUGACUUCUGCACAGUUACAGUACCACCAGAGUUAAACCAAACAAAACAUGUAUAUGCCAUGGUGAGUCUGGUAAAGACAUUUUUUUUUUAAAAUAUAAUUUUACAAUUUGUUGGGUUCAAAAAACAAUAAAAAUGUCAGAAAAUUUAUCUUCUGGCUUUAAGAUAAUUCAGUUCCUUCAUUUCAAAGCAGUCAAACAGACCUUUAACGUAAAGGCCGUCAUCUUUUGGUUUAGUGCAAACACAGAGAGAGAAGAAAUGAAAUGUGAUCAUUGUAAAACGUCAUAAACUGAACUGGUGUUGGACAUGGAGUUGGUCAGGGACACCUUUGGUCUGAUGCGUUGAUAACGUCAUCCUAAAUUAUACUCUCAUGGCGACAGACAGGUGUAAAUACAAUCUACAGUUUUUAUCUAAAAUUGGUCACAAAAAUUAAGAAAGAAAAAAAAAAAGUCCAGGUUGGAGUGAAACUUUAUAAUCCAGUUUUAGCUGCAAAUCAUGUGGAACGUAAAAGGAUCGAGGGGAUUAUUUUAUCACACAAAGCAGCUGAUUUCAUAAGAUAGCUGCAGCAAACCUUUAACCGACUGCAAAUCAACCAAAUUUUCAUAAAAGUCACAAAAGUAAAAGUUACUGGCUACAUUUUCACAGCUUCAGACAUGAGUGACCUGUCUGUGUCUUUUGGGGCGUCUGUGUUAACAGUACAAACUUCACUGAAUUCAUUUGGUUUAAACAGGUAAACAAAGAACAAACUGUCCUAGUGCGCUCAUAUGUAUGGAAAUAAACAUCUCCUUCACAUGGGAAACAAAACAAAAUAUGCUCUUUAACACUGCAUGAGUAUAAAAUGUGAAAUGAUUGAAUCGAUUCAUUAAAAUUCUGUUUUUAAGAGGUUGUUCUGAUGUAAAAGCACCAUUAAGUUCCUGCUAGUGCAGUUACUUAAAAUACAGUACAGACAUCACACCGGCUCAGGUUCCAAGGGUUAGAAAUGAAGAAAUUCAACAAACCACACAACACAACCAGCAAACCUAGCAAUCCCAUAAUCCAUUUGAAGAAGAGGAACGAUGAGAGGAACGACUGAAUUAUAAGGAUUGUGGGUCAAUAUCACUAUAAGGUUCAAAAUGUC